UCAUUACCUACUAUGAUGUUGAGGGAGGAGGAGUUGCAUGAGGAGAGUUGCCAGGAGGCACGACAGGAACAAGCAUUAUCUAUUCACGAAGCUGGAGGAAUUAUGCUGCACACACCAUGAGCUGGAGGCCUAAUAGCAACCAGAAGGUAGUCCUGACAGCUUACCAUGCUGGCAAAAACAAGGCUGCCCCAACAGGUGGCAAUGCCAAGGACAAUCCUCAGGUGUCCCCCAGAAGUCGUAAAUCUGGGCAAUAUAUGAUGAACCACGGGAGCAUGAACAGUGCCUUAGAUAAAAUAGCUUUCAACAGAUCGGGAUCACAAGACUCCUUAGAUGAGCUAUCUCUCGAUGACUACUGGACAGAAGUAGAAAACAUCAAAAAGAGCUCUGAUAAUGCUCACGAGGAACAGCGUGUGGUGGUUAAAGAGCCGGAUGAGGGUGAACUGGAAGAGGAAUGGCUUAAAGAAGCCGGGCUUUCCAAUUUAUUUGGAGAGAGUUCAGCAGACUCCCAGGACAGCAUGGUGUUCCUAUCUACGCUAACAAGGACUCAGUCCGCAGCUGUCCAAAAACGGAUCGAUACUUUCUCUCAGACCUUGAGGAAAAAAAACAAACACCAUCAGAUCCCUGAUGUCCGGGAUGUCUUUAAGCAGCCAGCAAGCUCAAAGGACAAAGUGGAAGACUUGAAUGGAUUUGAAUCUACAGAAAAAAGUGAAGCAACUAGUGAAGAACAACAUGAAAAAUCUGAUGGACUAGUAAAUGAAAAUACAGAUGGAGCAGAAAAUACAGUAAAAGAUAUUCCCACUUCUGAAACUGACAUCAAUCUGGAGAUUUCAUUUGCUGAGCAGGCCUCUAAUCUCCGAGAGUUCACUACUAUUAGGAACGAGAAGGAAGAUGACUCUUUAUUACCAAACUACAGGCUUCCUCAAGACAAGACUGGCAUCACAAAGAUCGGGGAUUUGGCACCUCAGGAUAUGAAGAAGGUGACUUCUUUAGCUCUUAUCGAGCUUACUGCCUUAUUUGACGUCCUGGGUACAGAACUAAAACUUCAACGAGCUGCCAAAAUAAAAGUUAAAGAAUCCGGAGUCUUUCAGGUUCCUUUGUCUGUUUUGCUGGAGUUAGAUCAGAGGAAAGUUCCAGGCACCAAAGUCCCACUCAUCUUUCAAAGUCUGAUUGAACAAAUAGAGAAGGGAGGACUGGAGACAGAAGGCGUCCUAAGGAUACCUGGAGUAGCUUCAAGGAUUAAAUCUCUAUGUGCGGAAUUAGAAGGCAAGUUUUAUGAGGGAACAUUCAACUGGGAUAACGUAAAGCAGCAUGAUGCAGCCAGUAUCCUGAAGUUCUUCAUCCGAGAGCUCCCUCUCCCAUUGCUUACGGUGGAAUAUAUGAAAGCUUUCCAUUCUGUGCAGCACCUCCCAAGUAAAAAGCAUCGCCUCCAAGCUUUGAAUCUCCUGGUCAUCCUUCUCCCUGAUGUACACCGUGAUGCUCUAAAGGCUCUACUUGAAUUCCUUCAAAGGGUCGUUGAUCACAGAGAACAAAAUAAAAUGACUCUGAAAAACGUGGCUAUGAUCAUGGCACCUAACCUCUUUUCUCUCCACACAUCUCCUGUAAAAUCUCUCGAUCAGGACGCUGUUACCAGCGCAGCCCGGACGGCAUCUGUCAUGCUUUUCAUGAUCAAAUACCAAAAACUUCUGUGGACGAUUCCCAAAUUUCUUGUCGCACAAGUAAGACAACAAAACCAGAAAAAAAAUUCCAAGGAAAGAGCCAUGAAGAGGCUACUGAAAAGAAUGGCGUACGACAGAGAGAAGUCCGAGAAGACAGAAAAGAAUGCAGAUAGUGACAUAUCUCAGGGAUUCAUACGGGUACACGCACCACAGUUUUCCAAGGUUUCAAUGGCUGUACAACUAACAGAAGAUUUAAAAGCUGGUGACAUUUUAGCCCGGUUUCUUAACCAGGAAAGUGGUUCAUCAAGAAAUCUAAGAAAAGAAGAAGUUAGCUUAUAUGAAAUUGGAGGAAAUAUUGGUGAGCGAUGCCUUGAAGACACAACGUACAUGAAAGAUCUGUCUCUCCUGAAUCCAAAUGCAGAAUGGGUUAUAAAACCAAAGCCCAAGGAAUGAGCUGCCUGGCAUAGAAAACAGCAUAGUGUUCAAAACAAGCAUAAUAUAGUAUAAAGCAAAAGAUUCAUUGCAAUGAAAAUGACAGUGUGCACAGAAUGUUCUGUUUCAUUUCAGGGUACAGUAAAGCACAUAAGUUAUAGCCAUGGCAAUGCACAUUUCACCACAAGUGAUGACCAGUUCUGUUCAUUUAUUCACAAUAAUGCAGAUUAUCCUCUGCCCUUUCUGGUAGGCCGCCAUCUUUCAGGAGUAAUUGCUAUAUUGCUCAUGAAAUCCUUUCGGUUAAAAAAAAAAAAAAAAGGUAUUUUAUCAGUGCAAAA